AGAGAUGGCUCGGCCCAUGUGGGUCUUGCAGCUGGUAAGGCUGGAGAUUCUGGCCAUAUUUCUGUUCCCUGUCAGGUCGGAACGCAGCAUCAAGUUCAUAGCCGGCGAGAGCAGGUUCAACCGGGACUAUUUUGAAAACUUCACAUUUACCAUUCGCAAUGACAAGAUCUUCCUGGAUAUGUACUUGCGCAAGCCACUGCUCAGAGGAUGGAGGGCCAGGUUGGACUUCAGGACUCGAAUGGGAAACUCGAAAAGCUUUCAGAGCCUCUUCUCUACCAAUGUCGACGUAUGCAACAUUGUGAACGCGGUCAAGAUCAACCUGUUCAAGAAGUGGUACAAGAACCUGCUCAAGUACGGAAAUUUCCUCCGCCAGUGUCCCCUGAACGCCAGCCACUACUACCUGAGGGGCUGGCAGUUCGGGGAGGGCUUGGUGCCACCGUUCAUAACAAGUGGAUCGUACCGAUUGGAGACCUACAACUAUUUUGGGAAGUACAAGGGCAAAGACGAGGACUUCAUAAUGAGUUGCACGGCCGAUGCUGUCAUACAUAUCUGA